UAAAUACCCCAUUCAAAGUCUGCACAUUGUCCAGUCUACAGCAUGGGGUGCAGACUUCUCUCUCUGUCUUUCCUGCUCUUAAUCUCUGGAUCCUAUGCCCAAUCACAAUGCAUACUUAUCACACCCAGUUUGCUGCGUGUGGAGAGUGAGGAGACCAUUGUGAUAGAUGCUCAAGGGCAAAAUGCUGCAUUUGAAGCUGAGGUCAUCAUCCAGGACUUCCCUCAGAAGAAACUGAAUCUAGUCAGUGCCAAAGUUUCCCUGAAUAUUAACAAUGGCUUCCUUGGAACAGUCACAGUAAAGAUUUCCUCUACAGAUCUACCUAAAGAUACAAGAAACAAGCAGUAUGUGUAUGUCAGCGUGAAAUCUAAUGUAUGUGCCCUGGAGAAAGUUGUGCUGCUGUCAUUUCACAGUGGCUAUAUCUUCCUUCAGACUGACAAGACUAUCUACACCCCAGGAUCUACAGUUUUGUAUCGGAUUUACUCCAUGAACUACAAGAUGCAACCAAUUUCCAAAACACUUAUCAUCGAAUUUGUGACCCCAGAUGGAGUUAUUGUGAAGAGAGAUUCAAUCUUCCAAGAUACUAAAUCUGGCAUCAUCUCACAGUCCCACAGACUGCCAGAACUUUUGAGCCUUGGUGUCUGGACUAUCUCAGCAAAGUAUGAAGACACCCCUCAACAGAAUUACACCACCAACUUUGAGGUGAAAGAAUAUGUGCUACCCUCAAUGGAAAUCAUCCUGAAACCAGACACGAAUUACUUCUAUGCUGAUGCUGAGACUUUCGGCGUAGAUAUUCAUGCUCAGUAUCUGUAUGGGAAACCUGUGGAAGGAUAUGCAUUUGUGCUCUUUGGCAUAAGGAAGGACGAUGUCAAGAAAGGAAUCACAGAGUCACUGACGAGAGUCAGGAUUGAAGAUGGAGAAGGUCGUGCUGAGCUUAAUAGGAAAGACCUAGUGAAGUACUUUGAGAAACCAGAGGACAUGUUACAGUUCAGCUUGUAUGUGACGGUGUCUGUUUUCACAGAAACUGGUAGCGACAUGGUAGAGUCUGAGAUAGAGAAUAUCAAUAUUGUGACAUCACCAUACAAAGUCCUCUUUACCAAAACCUCCAAAUAUUUCAAGCCUGGAAUGCCUUUUGAUAUGAUGGUCUAUGUCACCAAUCCUGAUGGUUCUCCUGCUCAUCGUGUCCCUGUGGUGGCUGAGCCAGGAAAUGUUAAGGGGACCACUCAAGUAGAUGGAACCACAAGGUUGAAAAUUAACACACGCUCAGAUAUAAACCUUUUGCCCAUAACUGUGAAAACAGAUGACUCAAAAUUGCCUGCCCAGCGUCAAGCAACUGCCACCAUGACUGCUACAGCUUACCGCCCCUCAAAAGCACAUGGGAAUUACUUGCACAUCAGCAUUUCUGGGUCAGAGAUAAAACCUCAAGAAGACACUGAUGUGAACUUUAUUAUCCGGAACACUGACGCAAGUGUCCAGAGCCAAAUAAAGCAUUUUACAUAUCUGAUCAUGAGCAGGGGAAGAAUUGUAAAGGUGGGAAGGCAGCAACGGCAGCCUGGUCAGCCUCUUGUCACAAUGUCUCUAGUUGUCAGCGAGGACAUCAUACCAUCUUUCCGUAUUGUGGCAUAUUACAUUGUCGGCGCCAGUGGAGGACAUGAUGUUGUGUCCGACUCUCUUUGGGUGGAUGUGGUUGAUGACUGCAUGGGCACAUUGUCGGUGACUGGAGAUAAGGAGAGGGACAAUGCCGUACAGACCCCUGGUUCUCCAAUGAGGCUGAAGCUGAGAGCAGACCACAAGGCUUAUGUAGGAUUGGUGAUUGUCGAUAAGGGUGUCUUUGUGCUGAACAAGAAGUUUAAGAUCACACAAAAAAAGGUAUGGGAUUCAGUGGAGAAGUCAGACAUUGGCUGCACUCCUGGAAGCGGUGCAAACAGCGAGGGGGUCUUUUUCGAUGCUGGGCUUGCUCUACAGACCUCCUUUGGUAUCAAUACAGCUCAAAGAUCAGAGACUCAUUGUCAAGCCCUGGCACAACGCAAAAAACGCUCAUCUGUUGCGCUCAUUGAGAUUAAAGCCGGCAAAGCUUCAGAAUACAAGGACAAGGCAAAGAAGUGCUGCCUGGAUGGAAUGCAGGAGAACCUGAUGGGCCACAGCUGCGAACGACGUGCCCGCUACAUCUUGGAUGGGAAAGAAUGUGUGAAUGCUUUCCUGGACUGCUGCAAAUACUUUGAGAAGAAGAGGGAAGCUGAGAAGCUUAGUAAAGAUGAAGACACCCUGGGAAGAAGUGAGGAAGAUGAUGAAUACAUGCUGGAUUCCGACAUUGUGUCCAGGACGGAGUUUCCUGAGAGCUGGUUCUGGAAAGUGGAGCAAAUGGCCGAGAAGCCAGAUGUCAACGGUAUUUCGAGCAAGAGCCUAAAUGUUUUCUUGAAAGAUUCCAUCACCACCUGGGAGGUUCUAGCUGUGAGUUUAUCUGAAACUAAAGGUCUGUGUGUGGGUCAGCCCUAUGAGAUUAAGGUGAUGAAAGAUUUCUUUAUCGACCUGAAACUUCCAUAUUCUGUUGUGAGGAACGAGCAGGUGGAGAUUCGCGCCAUUCUCUACAACUACGGGAAUGACAAAAUUAAGGUGCGUGUGGAGUUGACCCACAAUCCAGAGUUUUGCAGUCUGUCCACGGCUAAGAAGAGGUACAGACAGGAGGUUUGGAUUGGAGGCCUCUCCUCCACCACUGUCCCAAUUGUCAUUGUGCCACUCACUCUUGGCCAGCAUGAAAUAGAGGUGAAGGCAUCUGUUUCAGGAGUUUUUGCAUCAGAUGGUGUCCGUAAAAAGCUGAAAGUUGUGCCUGAAGGAAUGCGCAUAGCACAAGAUCUUAAGACUAUAAUAUUAGAGCCAGAAGUAAAAGGGAAAGAUGGAGUGCAAGAAGAAAAAGUUGUAGCUCUAAAUCCCCCAAAUGUUGUUCCACGUACAGAAAUUGACACCACCAUCACCUUACAAGGUACUCCUAUUAGUCAGAUGGUGGAAGAUGCCAUUGAUGGCAACAAUAUGAAUCAUCUGAUUGUGAUGCCCUCUGGCUGUGGGGAGCAGAAUAUGGUCACGAUGACUCCGAGUGUCAUUGUCACACGCUACCUGGAUGCAACCGGGCAGUGGGAUCGAGUUGGAGUGAACAGCAGAGAUCAAGCCCUCAAAAACAUGAGACAAGGUUAUACACAACAAAUGGCUUACCGCCAACCAAACAACGCAUAUGCAAUCUACUUGACCAAACCAGCAAGUACAUGGCUCACAGGCUAUGUUGCUAAAGUCUUUGGGAUGGCUCAGGAAUUUAUUGAUAUUGAGGAUAAAGUUCUCUGUGGUGCCGUCAAAUGGCUUAUACUGGAGAGACAGAAGCCGGAUGGAUUGUUCGAGGAGAACGCACCAGUCAUCCAACAGAAUAUGGUGGGAGGAAUCACAACAGGAGCAGCAGAGGCAGAAUCUUCUCUCACAGCCUUUAUUGUUAUUGCCAUGCUAGAAUGCCAAAGGACUUGCAAUCAGCAUAUAAACAACCUUCAAGUGAGUAUUGAUAAGGCCUCAGACUACCUGGUUGGUCAAUAUCAAGGACUACAAAAACCAUACUCCAUUGCAAUCACUUCUUAUGCUCUUGCACUGGCCGGGAAGCUUCCGAACACAAAGAAACUGCUAUCUGCAUCUAACGGUAACACCCACUGGGGGGAGAUAAGGGAACGUUUUAUCUCCCUGGAAGCCACAUCAUACGCCCUCCUAACCCUCCUAAAAAUGAAAGAAUAUGAUUUAACGGGUGGGAUCGUACAUUGGAUCAAUGAGAAGAGAUACUAUGGAGCAGUUCACGGCUCCACCCAGGCAACCAUCGUGAUGUUCCAAGCUCUUGCUCAGUACCAGACAGACAUCCCAAGUGUCAAUGAGUUGAACUUAGAUGUCUCCCUUCAUCUCCCAGAGAGACAACAACCUUUAACCUAUCGUAUCAAUCUUGAAAAUGCUUUGCUGGCACGUUCUGCGGAGACCAGGUUAAACCAAGACUUUGUGGUGAAAGCCCAGGGCAAGGGGCAAGGUACAUUGAGGGUGGUGACAGUGUACCAUGCUCUUGUCACGGAGAAAGAAAGGAAGUGCCUUAACUUUGAUCUGUCUGUGAAAGUGAAGAAAGAACAAAUUGCUAGACCUUCCGAAGGAGCAAGGGCAACGGUGUCUAUCGAAGCUUGUGCUAGGCAUCUCAAGAACGUUGAUGCCACCAUGUCCAUUAUUGAUAUUUCCAUGAUGACUGGCUUUUCUCCUGAUACUGAUUCUCUAGAUAGGCUAAUGAAAGGAGUGGAUAGAUACAUCUCUAUGUAUGAAGUCAACAAAGGAGCAAAUGACAAGGGAACCCUUAUUCUCUACUUGGACAAAGUCUCCCACACAGAGGAAGAAUGUGUGAAGUUUUACGCUCACCAAUUCUUUGAAGUGGGUUUCAUCCAGCCAGCUUCUGUAUCUGUGUAUGACUAUUAUAAUCCAGAUAGUCGAUGCACUAAGUUUUACCAUGUGGAAGAAGGCAGUGCCCUGCUGGGCAGGAUUUGCCAAGGAGAUAUAUGCCGGUGUGCAGAAGAGAAUUGUUUCAUGCAGCAGCAAAUUGAGGGUAAAAUCACCGCUGAAAGUAGAAUCAACAUGGCUUGCGCUCCCGGGGUGGAUUUUGUGUACAAGGCUACUCUCACGGAGGUGCAGCCCAGCGACAACUUUGACAACUAUGUUAUGACAAUUAAGAAGGUCAUAAAGCAAGGCACGGAUGAGGAUCCUGCAGACAAGACACGUAAUUUUAUCAGCCAUAUCAAAUGCCGAAAAGCUUUAGCUAUGCAACUGAACCGAGAUUAUCUGAUCUGGGGGGUAACUGGUGACCUCUGGCUGAAACCAGAUGGAUAUUCCUACAUCAUUGGGAAGGACACAUGGAUGGAGUGGUGGCCCAAUGAGAGGGAGUGUCAACAACGUGAGAACCAGGAUCUCUGCGAUGACUUUGAUACAGUUUCUGACAACUUGGAGAUUGUUGGUUGUUCCAGCUGAGGAACCUAAAUUGCACAUCAAAAUCGUUUACUCUUCCAAAGCUUUGUGAAGUUGUGUGUUCUAAUAAAGCAUUUAUUUGCUUAACACCCCCCCUCCGGUGGGGAUCAUUCAUUGGACUUUUUCUAUUUCCCUUUAUACAUGAAGAACUGAGACAUUUCACUAUUUGCAUAUACUACAAACUAUUUGCUUAUGUGAUAUAUUAAAAUUUGACAAUAUUUCUCCCCA